AUGGAUAAGACGAAAGAGACUCCUCAGGGUGCAAGGAUUGGAAAUAUCAGCGGAGCCUGGGUGAUGGACAAAAACCUCUCGACCAACCUCGACGCAGUUCUGAAACUACAAGGAAUCAGCUGGAUCAUGAGAAAGGCGAUCGCCGCGGCAACGACUACAUUGAAGAUCACACAGGGAACCGAUAUAGACGGCGACAGACCGACCUGGGCACCGACCGAGUGGAUGAUGCUAGAGCCCGCACUAACUGGAGGACUGCAAGGGGCGCCAGAGAAACGCCCGUUAACUUGGACUGAGUUCCAUCAUGACGAUACCCUGUUCGGCCGUGUUAUCAUUCGCAGCCACUACAUUCCCGGACGCAGGGUUGCGGAUGACCGGGUCCAGCCUCUUGUUGACCCUUUCACGAAGGUGGCCAAAGAUUCAGAAUCUAUAUUGAGGGAGGAAGUCGUGAUGACGCCGGAAAUUGCAGGUUCAGAUGCAGAGAUGGAUAAAGUUUUCAUUCACGAUCUUGUCCGGAGUGUGUACUCUGGGUGGACAGCGGAGCAGAUAUGGGCUGUGGAAAUGCUAGGCGAGGAGCUAUUUUUGACGCGGAGAGUUGUGGUCUGGAAAGGCUCCUAUGCUGAGUCUGCGUGCGUUUACUACAGACGUGCUUGA